AUGAAUUGGCCAAAGGAAGGUGAUCUAAAAUACGGCGGUCUACAAAUACGAGAGGAUGAUUGUUCCUAUGUGUGGCAAAUCGCAGCUGAAGAUAGAUGUGAAUGGGUCAAGGGAAGUCCCGAUUGUGAAUCAGAUUCCGUGAUUCCGUAUCCUACUGUACUCUUCUGCACAUUUUCCACGGUCUACCCCGCGUUAUUUGCCUUGGGAAUUGUUGUAUUUCUUCUCUGGCUGCUUUACCUAUUCCUAAUACUUGGAACAGUUGCUGACAACUUCUUUUGUCCAUCACUCUCGGUGAUAGCAAAUGUUCUCCAUCUAUCGGAAAACAUAGCGGGUGUUACGAUUUUGGCGUUUGGAAAUGGAGCACCGGAUAUAUUUACAUCGCUGGUAGCUGGUGAUAAAGAGAUGGUGAUCAUAUUCACAGAGUUGAUUGGUGCUGGAAUUUUUGUCACUGCUGUUAUUGCUGGAUCUGUGGCUAUUGUGUCACCGUUUGCCAUAUCACCGAAGCCGUUCAUGAGAGACUGCCUUUUUUACAUUGGCGCUGUUUGCUGGAUCGCGUUUAUCACCAAGGAUGAGACCGUGCAUCUUUGGGAAGGACUCAGUUUUAUCUGGAUUUACAUACUAUUCAUUGCAACGGUGGUCGGUAUGCAGUACUACGACAAUCGCGAGGAAAAACGAAAAGCGAGAAUUCCUGGCUUACGAGAUCCCGAGAUGUUGAAAACAUUUUUGGCCUACCAGGAAACAGACACCGAAAUGCAUCUACCAAUGAGGUCAACCGCAUUUAGCGUCAAAGCGAAAUUGGAUGUGGCAAUAGCUGCUGAAAUGGCGAGUGCUAGAGCCAGAGGUGAAUCCAUUGGGAUCGAUAAUCUUACAAGUUCCAGUGGUUCGUCCCAAUCACAUCGUCCCAUGGGUCUCUUCAAUGAAUUUCUCUACGACUUGAAUCCCAUAAACCUUCACGAUUGGCAAAAGUCAAGUAUUCUCGUUCGAGCCCUAUUGGCACUACGUGCACCGGCAAUGCUUGUUCUUCAACUGUUAGUACCUGUGGUCAAUGAGACAGCUAUCAAUCAUGGAUGGUCAAAGUUGCUAAACUGCCUGCAACUCUGCAUAGCACCAAUUGCUGUACUAUUCAAGUUGAACGUUUGGAGAGACAGCUUUGGACCGGUGCCAGUUGUACUCGUUUUCUUUGUUCUCGGCGCUAUUCUGGGAAUUAUUGUUUUUAUUAUGACGGGGAGAGAUACCCCCAAGUAUCAUGAUGCAUUCGCGUUUCUGGGUUUUCUCAGUGCCAUGCUGGUAGUGUACGUAAUCGCCAAUGAAGUAAUGGCGGUUUUGCAGUGCAUCGGUUUUGCCAGUGGAAUAUCAGAUGCCAUGCUGGGAAUAACGUUACUAGCCUGGGGUAACAGCGUGGGCGAUCUCAUCGCAAAUGUGGCAAUAGCACGUCGUGGCUUUCCUCGCAUGGGAUACUCCGCUUGCUUCGGUGGACCACUGUUCAACACACUGCUUGGCCUUGGUCUCACAUGGACCAUUUCAACCCUCGGUAAAUCCGAUUAUCGUACGAAAAUCAGAACCAGCGAUAUGAUGCCCGGCUGCUUAGCCUUCCUCCUCUGCACACUAGUCAGCUCUCUCAUCUACCUGAAUACAGUUGGCUUCAGAGCAAGGAGAUCCUACGGCUUUCUCCUCUUCUCCAUAUACUUCGUCUUCAUACUUGUUAACUUUCUCAGUGAGAUACACUAUAUUCAUCCUCUUGGUACGGAUCAUCGGGAAGAUUAA